CUUUGCAUCUUUACGCAACACAAUACACACUACAUUUUACAAGGGAAAAAAGAAAGAAGAGAAAGUGUGAAAACCCUAGUUGAAAGCAGAGAAAGGCCUAAGAUAUCGAAGAUGCCAUUGAAAGUGUUGGAAGCUACAAUCUCAAGCUUUAAUGGGGUAUUCGACAAGUUCAAAUCAGAAGCCCCAAAAAACAAAGCUAAUUUCAUCCUUUUCUUGGCUGAUAUCGACCCUGCUACUUCUCAGAGCUGGUGCCCUGAUUGUGUGAGAGCUGAACCUGUCAUCUACAAGAAGCUGGAAGCAUGCUCUGAUGAUGUAGCACUUUUAAAAGCCUAUGUUGGAGAUAGGCCCACAUGGAGGAACCCUCAGCAUCCUCUAAGGAAUGACUCACAGUUUAAGCUCAAAGGUGUCCCUACAUUAAUCCUUUGGGAGGACGAUGUGAUCAAAGGUCGCCUUGAAGACCACGAGGCUCAUGUUGAACGCAAGAUUGAUGCCCUUCUUGCUAAAAAUUAAGUAAUAACGAUUGCUGAGGGAACUUCAAUAAUAAGGAUUUUAUGUUUCCGUAGUUUAAGAUCAUCCUGCACUUGAACCAAGCUGAUUGCAGUGGUAUAAAAACUAAAAGCUGUGAAAUGCUUUACUAUGGCAUAAUUCUCAGAUGGAUAUACAACAAAUAAAUAAAAGUUUAGACUUAAUAUUA